UAUGUCUCGGAAAGCCAAUGUCUGAGAGCAAAAGAAGUAUAAGCUUCUUUUGACGACAUAUCGUGAAAACAAUGUCCUCUGAACUCGAUACUGCGCCAGAAAAGUACGAGGAGCAACAUGUUCACGAGGUCUAUGAACAAAUCGCAUCGCAUUUCUCUUCUACAAGGUACAAGCCUUGGCCAAUAGUGGAAGCUUUCCUGCAAUCGGUCUCGCCUGGCUCUAUUGGAAUUGAUGUUGGUUGUGGAAACGGGAAAUAUCUCACUGUUAAUCGAGACGUCUUUAUUGUUGGAAGCGACCGCUCUUCAAAUUUGGUGAAGAUUGCAUCACAGCAUCAACCGCAUACAGCUGUUGUCGCGGAUACUCUGUCUUUGCCGCAUCGAGCUGGAAGAUUUGAUUUUGCGAUCAGUAUCGCUGUCAUUCAUCAUUUGUCUACUCCAGAACGCAGGAGAGAAGCAAUCAAAGCUAUUUUGGAAUGCCUCAAAGAUGACGGGAAAGCGUUGAUCUAUGUUUGGGCGUUGGAGCAGAAAAAUAGUAGAAGAGGGUGGGAUGAAGGCCAUGAACAAGAUGUCAUGGUACCUUGGGUUAUGAAGAGCGGCAAGAAGAAUCCCAAUGAGGAUGGGUCUACGGAGAAGACCUUCCAACGAUAUUACCAUCUUUAUCGAUCUGGGGAACUGGCAGACGACAUCGUUGCUAUUGGGGGAGAAAUGAUUGAAUUUGGCUAUGAAAAGGACAACUGGUGGGCUGUUUGCAGGAGGUCCACGAAGAGCCGAGAGGGAUGAACGUUCACGAAGUUGUGCCGUCAACGCUUUUCGCAUCCAUCCGAUGCGAACGAUGAGACGAUGGUUUCUUCUUUUCAGUGGAACAGUUUAUCAUGCGCCAGAGCCGAGGGCCACUUGUGCCGAAGAAAAACAAAGUGGAAGUUGUCCGCACUCGCGCUCUGCCCCUGGGUUGGGACCAUCAGUGGGUCCUCUCCCGUAAACCCUUGCUCGCCGAGUAAAGACCAUGGUCCAUAUCAGGAUUUGUUCCGACUCGAUACAACAUCUCGAAUAGCUGGCAAAGAUCGCAACCAGGAUUCUUUGGAUGAUAUUGGGCUGCUUCACAGCUAAUUAAUGUAUGGCCCUGACUCUUUAUACAAGGAUAACACUGCC